UAUUUAUACUGCGCAUGCGUGGCGUACAUAGAUACAAUAUGGCGUUGUUAACACGCCUGAAUGCGAAAAACGAUGAUACGAAUACCGAUAUCACGCGUAAUUUACAUACGCUGCAAUUUGAAAGUGCCCUAAGUGAAGAGGAACGAAAACUCCUUGUUUUGAGAGCAAGGUCGCAUGCCAUUGCCGUUUCGUUAUGUGCACAAGCCACAUACUUUGUUGAUAUUUUGAACGAAGGAAGACAAAUGAAGACUCAUUUGAAAAGCCCCCAUAAAAGAACGACAAGAAUUCUUCAAGAUUUCAACAGCAAGGAUGCUCUUCUAGUUGGAAUCAUAGGAUGUGGUCAUGUAGGGAGUCAGAUUGCCCACUGUCUCCUGACAUACGGCAGAAUGAACCCAUCAGAUCUACACAUAUCAACCAGGAGACCUGAAACCUUAGAAUACCUGACAAGUCGUGGUACGGAGUGUUACAAUAAUAAUGUGAAGCUGGUGUCAUCGGUGCGCCUUGUGUUUGUGUGCGUGCUGCCUUCGCAGCUCGCAGGUGUUGCAGAGGAGGUGAAGGAGUACCUGACGUCCACCAGCAUCAUCUACUGCACUGCCAGCAGCGUCGCACCACGCAAACUCAAACAGCUGUUUGGUGUUGACAAUAUUGUUAAACCAGAGUGCGACAUUAAACCUGAAAACUGGGAGAAACCCUGGGACUACUCUGUAAACAUUAACACUGCACUUGGGAGAAAAGAAACUGUAGAGACUACAAGUCCUUUUGCUUUCAACAAAUCAGAUAGUAUUGUAUCAACUCCUGUCCGUGUUGGAGGCGUGAUGGUGUACGCCUUCCUCAACAUGUGCUCCAGCCUUGGGAUGGGGAGACAGGAUUCCCUGGAUUCUCUGCACCUAGCGAUGUUUGGGGAGACGGACAAGGAGCCUAUUGAUGACAGACUCAGGGUGGAACACUUUGCCAAAAAGUCAGAGGAAGACACUGACAAGGUCUUCCCAAGGUUUGACCUCGUCAAGAUCUCAGAGACUACAACUGUAGCCUUGAAGAAGAUUGUUGAAAGUGAGGAGCUGAAGCAUGCCUUUGCCAGCCGCUACUGGGAGGUGUUUGAGCAGUACGUACAUCUUAAAGCUUACGGGCAAGUGUGAGCUGUUGGUGGUUGCUGUGAAACGGAAUCACACAGUGAUUCAUCAAUAGUGUUGAUGUGUCGAACAGUUGAACCAGAUUUGGUUGAAAAGAGAAGUUUAUCUGUGAUACUUUUUGCUGACACUGAGAAAUGUUUGCAUCAACAGUUUAUAUUUGUUUGUUUUCAUCACUGCCACGUUUAAUCCUAAGUGGUGAUUCUCUGAUCAGGUAUGAGUUAAGAUACUGUUUGGAAAAUUAGCAGUUGCAGCAAGUUUCAUUGAAAACAAUCAAAUUCUCUUGUGUUUAUCAAUCUAACAGUAAUGAACACCCUAAGUACAUAGAGACAUUGUUUCACUUUCAAUCAAGUGAUUGAUAUCAUGAGCAUCAAUCCACUCGAUCCCAACAGCUUGGGUCGAUGCUCAUGAUAUCAAUCACUUGAUUGUCUUGUAUAGACUCGAUUAUUUACAGACCGCUGCCACAUAGCUGGAAUAUUGCUGAGUGUGGUGUUAAACAACAACCAAACAAAAACAAAAUUCAAUUAAGACUACACUGUGUAGAUCUAUGCUGUUCAUGGGCAACGGGUGUGGAGCUGCAUGACCUAUUCUGCCCAGGGCUUGCAAAAAAUGUGUUGAGUCAAAAUGUGUUAUGUAGAAGGUCAGCAAAGUCUGAUUUUACUUGAUGGCUGUGUUUCAAGAUCUGUGAUAUAUGAAUCUCUUGAUCAUUAUUGUGUCACACACAUGCAAAGUGUCAGAGAAAAUGAAAUUGUAAUUUAAUAGAUGGACUACGUCUGAUGAGUGAGUAUAUACAUAUUCAGUAUUUUGUUUCCAUGUUGUCCUCAAUGAAUAAAAUCUUUGUUGAAAUUCAAAGGAGA